CGUGAUGAAGGGGGGGAAAAAGCCUGUCGUCGCUAGUUAGGACGUCAUCACUAGAAGACUGCCCUCUCCUCACCAAAUCCUCAUCAAGGGUGACUGCAGAAGGAGAGCGGAGGCUGGGGGCGGAAAUACCCUUUAUCACUCCGUGAUAUCCGUGGGGCAGCGAGGCAGACUGUGACAGCGAAGCAGGAUGGUUGUUGUGGGGAAAACCAGCGCCAUAGCCGCCGGGGUGUGCGGCGCCCUGUUCCUAGGCUACUGCUAUUAUUUCGAUAAGAAAAGGAGGAGUGACCCCAACUUCAAGAACAGUCUGCGAGAAAAGAGGAGAAAACAGAAACUUGCUAAGGAGAGGUCUGGUCAGUCAAAGCUACCUGAUCUUAAAGAUGCUGAGGCUGUCCAAAAGUUUUUCCUUGAAGAAAUUCAGCUUGGGGAGGAGCUGCUAGCACAAGGUGAAUUUGAAAAAGGUGUUGAUCACUUAACAAAUGCCAUUGCUGUUUGCGCAACCUCAACAGCUCCUUCAAGUUUUACAGCAGACUCUUCCACCACAAGUUUUUCAGAUGCUCUUGACGAAACUACCAACCAUUAGCCAGAGGAUUGGAAGUUCUCAGAGUUUAACUGAAGAUGAUGUGGAAUAAGAUGGUAGUGGAUACUUCGAUGCAGUAUUUAGCAGGAUCGACUAAUGCAAACCUUGUUGUUGAAUAUGCCAUUACUAAUAAACACGUGUGUUUUGUUUUUA